AUGAGGGCCAAGCGUUCGAAGAAGUACCGUAAGCUCAUGCACCAGUAUGAGCUUACAUUCAACUUCCGUGAGCCCUACCAAGUGCUUGUGGACUCAAACUUCCUGAGUAAUGUCGAUGCUUUCAAGAUGGACCUGCUUCCUGCACUUGAGCGGACUCUGCAGGGUAAACCCAAGCCAUUGCUCACAAAAUGCUCCCUCAACGCCAUCAUGAAAGCCCAACCUAUCAAUCCCAAAACUCAACAGCCAUAUCGCCCGCGUCAUCUCCCCCCACCGACAGAAUUACCGCUCCGCCACUGCUCUCACAAUGUGGACUCCGAGCCCAUCGACGAGGUCGAGUGUCUUCUCUCCCUGCUCUCUCCUAGCGCAGAAGCCAAGAAGAACAAGGAUCACUACAUUCUCGCGACGGCGGACCCAAUAGUCAAGAAGAACGACAAGAACGAUGGGCAACGCAAGCGCAAGACUGACGAAGAGCGCCAAGAGGAACGGGCCAUGCGCCGCGCCAGAGCCCUCCGAGUGCAUGCACGCUCCAUCCCCGGUGUCCCAAUUAUCUAUGUCAAACGCUCCGUCAUGGUUCUGGAGCCGAUGAGCACGCCAUCCGAAAACGUGCGCGAUGGCGUGGAGAGGGGCAAGUUCCGUGCUGGACUGGAUGACCCAUCGCUGGGCAAGCGCAAGCGGGAGGAGGAUGCCGAGCCUUCAGUGAAAAUACCCGGACUCAAGAAGGCCAAGGGUCCCAACCCGCUCAGCGUGAAGAAGUCCAAGAAAAAGACCGAGUCUGGUCUUUCUGCCACUCCGAAGAAACAAAAGUCUCAGGCUGCUGAAACCCCGAGAGAAAGCGGUGAUGCUGAUGCUCUGGAGAAGCCGGAUGGCGAGGCUAAGACUAAGCGGAGACGCAGGCAUAAUAAGAGUGCUCCUCACGAAGGGAACGAGGAUGCGCCUGCCGACGCUGUUUCAGCUAUGGAGGUCGACGCAUGA